UGCGCCUGCGCACAGCGCGCUCUCGCCAGAGGAGCCGCAGUCUCGGGAGCGCCCAGGCGGUGUUUCGAUAAUCUCUGACCCGCCUCUCCUGCGAACCCGGCGUCACUGGACUGCACCCCGGGCGGGGACGUCCGCCGAGCACGGGAGGAAGCAACGAUGCCGAUCAAUAAAUCAGAGAAGCCGGAAAGCUGUGAUAAUGUGAAGGUGGUGGUUAGGUGCCGUCCCCUCAAUGACAGAGAGAAAUCAAUGUGCUACAAACAGGCUGUCAGUGUGGAUGAGAUGAGGGGAACUAUCACUGUACAUAAGACUGAUUCUUCCAAUGAACCUCCAAAGACGUUUACUUUUGAUACUGUUUUUGGACCAGAGAGUAAACAACUAGAUGUUUAUAACUUAACUGCCAGACCUAUUAUUGAUUCUGUUCUUGAAGGCUACAAUGGGACUAUUUUUGCAUAUGGACAAACUGGAACAGGUAAAACUUUUACCAUGGAAGGUGUUCGAGCUGUUCCUGAACUUAGAGGAAUCAUUCCAAAUUCAUUUGCUCACAUAUUUGGUCAUAUUGCAAAAGCAGAGGGUGAUACAAGAUUUUUGGUUCGAGUGUCUUAUUUGGAAAUAUAUAAUGAAGAAGUUCGUGACCUUUUGGGCAAGGAUCAGACGCAGAGGUUAGAGGUUAAAGAAAGACCUGAUGUGGGAGUUUAUAUCAAGGAUUUAUCAGCUUAUGUGGUAAAUAAUGCUGAUGAUAUGGAUAGAAUUAUGACACUGGGCCACAAAAAUCGUUCUGUUGGUGCAACUAAUAUGAAUGAACAUAGUUCCCGUUCCCAUGCCAUCUUUACAAUUACUAUAGAAUGCAGUGAAAAAGGCGUUGAUGGUAACAUGCAUGUCAGGAUGGGGAAGCUCCAUCUUGUAGAUCUUGCUGGUUCAGAAAGACAAGCAAAAACUGGAGCUACUGGGCAGCGCCUGAAAGAAGCUACAAAAAUCAAUCUUUCCCUUUCUACCCUUGGUAAUGUUAUUUCUGCCUUGGUUGAUGGAAAAAGCACUCACGUGCCUUAUCGUAACUCUAAAUUGACUCGUCUUCUUCAGGAUUCCUUAGGAGGAAAUUCAAAAACCAUGAUGUGUGCAAAUAUUGGACCAGCAGAUUACAAUUACGAUGAAACCAUCAGUACAUUGCGGUAUGCUAAUCGUGCUAAGAAUAUUAAAAAUAAAGCUAGAAUUAAUGAAGAUCCAAAGGAUGCUUUGCUUCGUCAGUUUCAGAAAGAAAUAGAAGAACUGAAAAAAAAGCUUGAAGAAGGAGAAGAAAUAUCAGGCUCUGAUAUCAGUGGGUCAGAGGAGGAUGAUGAUGAAGAGGGCGAGGCUGGAGAAGAUGGAGAGAAAAGGAAAAAAAGAAGGGGCAGUAGCAGCAGCAGUAGUUCAGACUCCACAUGUUCUGUCAUAGAGAAACCUCUGGAUAAGUUCUUGCCUAAUCAAGCAGGUAAAAAGAAAGUUUCCCCAGAUAAAAUGGUUGAAAUGCAAGCAAAAAUUGAUGAGGAGAGAAAAGCACUUGAAACAAAACUUGACAUGGAAGAAGAAGAAAGAAACAAGGCUAGAGCUGAGUUAGAGAAACGGGAAAAAGAUCUUCUGAAGGCCCAGCAAGAGCAUCAGUCUUUGCUAGAGAAAUUAUCUGCACUGGAGAAGAAGGUAAUUGUUGGUGGUGUUGAUUUGUUGGCAAAAGCUGAGGAACAAGAGAAACUUCUUGAAGAAUCCAACAUGGAACUGGAAGAAAGGAGGAAAAGAGCAGAGCAACUUCGCAGAGAACUUGAGGAAAAAGAGCAAGAACGCUUGGAUAUUGAAGAAAAGUAUACCAGUUUGCAAGAAGAAGCGCAAGGAAAGACCAAGAAAUUAAAGAAAGUUUGGACUAUGCUGAUGGCUGCGAAGUCAGAGAUGGCUGAUCUCCAACAGGAACAUCAGAGGGAAAUUGAAGGCCUCUUGGAGAACAUUCGACAACUUAGCCGGGAGCUUCGACUUCAGAUGCUUAUUAUUGAUAACUUCAUACCUCAGGAUUAUCAGGAAAUGAUUGAAAACUAUGUCCAUUGGAAUGAAGACAUAGGGGAAUGGCAACUAAAAUGUGUUGCCUACACAGGAAAUAACAUGAGAAAGCAGACUCCAGUUCCUGAUAAAAAGGAGAAAGACCCCUUUGAAGUGGACCUUUCCCAUGUGUAUCUUGCCUAUACUGAGGAGAGCCUACGGCAGUCCUUGAUGAAAUUAGAGAGGCCACGGACUUCAAAGGGGAAAGCAAGGCCAAAGACAGGGAGAAGAAAGCGUUCUGCAAAGCCUGAAACUGUAAUUGACUCUUUACUUCAGUAAAUUUUACAGACUUAAAGUCAGAAUAAAAAUUAGUGAUAUCCUCAUGCCUGGACAAAACCUUUAAUUAAAACACUGAAGACUUUUGUGUUAUUUCAGAUAAUGGAAGCUGUAGAUCAUGCAGUAAGACUGGAACUAAUAAUUUGCCUAAUAACUUUUACUCUAUAUAUUAAGUUAAUAUAACAUUAAAAUUGUACAACUGGUAAUUGUUCAAAUUGUCAUAGUAGUUUUCAACUUAUACUGUGCAGGGAAGUUGAGAGAGCAGCUUAUACUAUAGAGAGUUGCAUUUUAAAUGUAUACAUAAAUCUGCUAGUGAUUUACUCAACUACUGUAUAUUUAGAUAACCGGAUAUUCAAA